AUGGACGAAACAGGAAUACUUACAGUGCCAAAUAAAGUCCCAAAAGUAAUUUCAUGUAAAGGUAAAAAAAUAGUGGGAAAAUCUGUUGCUGCUGAACGUGGUGAAUUAGUUACUGCAGUUUGUUGCUUCAGUGCGAGUGGUAUUUAUGUACCCCCUAUUAUAGUUUUUCCGAGAAAAAGAAUGAAAGACGAAUAUUUGAACGGGGCACCCCCAGAACCCUUAGGUUUAUUAUCUGAUAGUGGUUACAUAAAUUCAGAGUUGUUUUUAAAGUGGUUAGAACAUUUUAAACAUCAUGUGAAACCAUCUGAAGACUCCCCAGUCUUACUUAUUUUGGACAAUCACACCUCGCAUAUUAAUAUAAAUACAAUUACAUACUGCCGAACAAACUUUAUACAUUUGGUAAGUAUACCACCACAUUCGAGUCAUCGUACUCAACCAUUAGAUAGAUGUUUCUUCAAGCCGUUAAAAGACUACUAUGCCCACCACUAUGAUAUAUGGACAACCACACAUCCUGGAAGAGUGGUCACUUUAUAUCAACUUGCAGAAAUUUUUGGUAAUGCAUAUGGACAAACGGCAUCAAUGAACAAAGCCUUAAAUGCAUUUCAAAUGUGUGGGAUUUGGCCACUCAACCCAAAUAUUUUUAGUGAUGAUGAUUUUCUACCUUCUACAGUGACAGAUCAAACAGUUUCUGAAGAUCUUCAAAAUAAUCAGCCAUUAGACAUUAUAAAUAUGCCAAUUGAAUUUGUUAAUAAUGAAGUCACAUUAAAUCAAACAGUUGAAAAGCCAUCUACAUCACUUAUAGUUAUUCCUUCUAAUAUAUCUACAGAGUCACUAGUAAAUAAUGUACUUCCAGCCUCAAGUUCAAAAGUUACAAGAUCCCCAGUGUCACCUGCAGAUAUAAUACCUCUUCCUAAAAUAUCACUAAAAAGAAAGCGUCGCACCAAAGGUAAAAAAUCUGAAAUUUUGUCGUCUAGUCCUUAUAAAAUGCAACUUGAAACAUUAGAAAAAGAUAAAGAAAAUGCAAAACUAAUUUCUGAAAAAAAUAAAGCAGAUAAACAAGCAAGAAAAAAUUUAUUUGAAACUAAAUCAAAACCAAACAAGAAAAAUGUACUUAAAAAAGCUGAUACCUUUGAACAAGUGAGCACAACUAUUGACUCUGAAUCGGCUACAACAGUAACUUACAAAGAAAAUUGUCCAGCAUGUAAUGAAAAAUAUGUAGAUCCACCAACCGAGGAUUGGAUUAUGUGUUGUAAGUGUAAAAUUUGGUGGCAUGAAGCAUGUUCAUACUAUGAGGAUCUCCAUAAAGACUUUGUAUGUGAUUUAUGUUCAUAA